AUGCUGCCACGGAAAUGCCACUUGUUAAAUACGCCCAUGUGAAGUUUUCAGGUGUUGUUACCAGCUAACAGUGUGAUAAGAAGAGACAGGACCGUGCAAAAUAAACGUGCACGUAUUAAGUUCGCUGGAUGUAUCGCUCGUGAGUUUGUAAAGUGUGACAUGGCCUCCGAAGCUGUUUAUUCGCAUAGAGAUCCUAUGCUAAAGAAGAGAGAUGACUUUGAGGAUAUUCUGGAGGAGAGGAGGAACUCCAGUGACUUAAGAUACGCUCUCAAAUGUUACACUCCUGUUCUUUACAAAGGAUUGACUCCAUGCAAAGUCAGUGAGCUGAAGCAAAUGGUGCUGCAGUCUGAUCAGCUGGGUUAUGUCAUCACUCAGGUUUCUAAAGAGAAGGGCAUGACCACAGAUGAAGUCACUGGGGAGGCGGCAGCCAUCUUGGAGGAGAUGGCUCAACGCUUGCAGCUCAGUACGGUUCGCUUCUUCGCCUUCACUCUCUCCAAAGUCUUUAAAACCUUGUUCAGGAGCAUCUGUGUCAACGAAGAGGGCCUCCAGAGACUCCAGCAGGCCAUUCAUAACCACCCAGUAGUACUCCUGCCCAGUCACCGCAGCUACAUGGACUUCUUGUUGAUGUCGUACAUCCUCCGAACGGCCAAGUCUUUGACUCCAAAGUUGGGUCUGUUAAAUAUAGUGAUGGACCCAUUUCUUAAAGGAGAAGUGUUUGACAUUAGCUUGGUCCCCGUGAGCAUCAGCUAUGAGAGGACUCUGGAGGAGGCGCUUUAUGCCAGGGAGCUGCUGGGUGUGCCAAAACCCAAGGAGUCCACUUCAGGCCUGUUUAAAGCUAGAAAGAUCCUCAGUGAAGACUACGGCAGUAUCCACGUAUACUUUGGCCAACCUGUGUCUGUAAGAAGUUUAGCUGAAAGCAGAGUUAACCGCAGCCAGUUCAACCUGAUACCAAGACAUAUCCCCACGAGACCCAGUGAGGAAAUCCUCAGCUUUGUGAAUGACUCCGCCUACAGGCUGGUGCGAGCCCAGGAGGAGAACAUGGUCCUGAAGCCUUGGGUCCUUCUGGCCUUCGUCCUGCUGCAGAAACAGGCGACAGAGGAUAAGCCAGGGACAGCACUCGAUGAGCUCACUGAACAAGCAGUGUGGCUCAGGGACCUCUCUCGGCACUACGGAGCCUUCCUCCACUGGCCGGAGGAGAUCUACAACAGCUUCAGCUUCCUGAGAAACAUGUUUUCUAAUGAGUUCAUUCUCUGUCCUGGAGCUACUGUACAGGACUUUGAGGAGGCCUGUUACCUGCUGGUGAAGACCGGAGCUCUGCAAAUAAACCAGCAGGAGGUUCUGAUCACCGAGAGAGGGCACAGGACUUUGGCCUUCCUCACCAGUGUUCUCGAUCCAUUCUUACAAGGAUACCAGGUGGUGUGUCGGUUCCUGUGUGAGGAACAGGGGACUUUAAAACUCAACAAGGUGAUGUUAAACUCCUUGGAAGACACUCUUGGAGGAAAACUCCCCACUCAGAAAUCUGUUGUAGCUCACCUCUAAUUCAGCGACCCCUAUUAGCCGAAGGGCACUGCGGACGGUCAGGGCAAUGCGCCGAUGUCGCUCUGCUCCACAUGGUUUGUUACGAGUCGUCCUGGCCUACUUACUGCGUUCUGUGAGAGAUGGAACAUAAGAGUUGCCAUCUGGAGACAGCUCAACCCUGCGUUUAGAGUUUUUCUUUAAUUUCUUCUCUCCUUGCCUUUUUUCCAAAAUGCUUCUUUUCCUUCUCAGAUUCUCCUUUUAAAACCUUUUUUAUGAAUCUACAUAAAACCACAUGAUGAGUGAAGCCUUUGAAGGUUCACUGCUGAGCUUCUUUGGCUCAUUCUGAAUAACGGAUCUUUUGCUUAUCAGCGGCCUUGUGAAAGCUUCUGAAUGUGCCAUCUUCACUCAGCGUAGAGGCCAUUCUCUGUUAAUGCAUUUGAAAUGUGUUUCUAACUCUGAAUGUGGGUUUUGUUUUCCUCACUUUGCUUUUUCAUUCAAGCUUUGUUUGUUAGCUGUUAGUCACUCUUAUCCUUUUGAGCACUUUAACUAAUGUAUUCAUGCGGUGUGGUGUGGGCCUCUAUCCCAGUUAUAUGUUGUGGUGCUGGUUUCUUUGUUUUCUUGAAUUUGGUGAUUAUGUAUUUGAACUUUGGGUAAAUAUUUUAGUACCACAUACUACCCGUCUACCCACCUGUCCUCAGGCCUUUUUGCCAACUCUCCAAACUACUUGGACAAGAAGUACAUAUGUCUUUGUUUACACAGUGGAGACACUGCUACAAGUCCAAUGCCAGGGUCAUCAAGUUGCCAAACUCCAUAUACAAUUGAAGUUAUACUCGAGCACUACCAGCUGUACCAAAGCCACAGGUUUGUGGGAAAUAAAUUCUUGAGUCUCGACUAGUUACUGAAGUUGCAUCAUAGUAUCAUUGAGUUUUAGUUAUAGUAUCUAAAAGGAGAAUAAUGUUCAGCCUUUAUUUAUAUUUAAAGAAGUGAUACACACGGGGUUUGUUCCUUACAAGGGAAGUUAGAAAAUUCAUAGAAGGAAUUUUCAGAAUAUUUUCAGUGGUUUAUUCAGGACUCAGGAUUACACACAAUUAGCAUGGUAACAUUUUUCAGUGAGUGUUUUUUAUUUUGUUUUUGUAAUUCAAGUUUUCGAGGUAAAACUAGAUCAUUUAUUUUGUUGACUUCUAUCUGUGCACUCCUGUUACCUUAGAAAUCCCAUCAAUUCAACAGCAGCAGAUUUGAGUUCUUGCUGGAAAAUGCGUUGGAGGCAAAGAAAAACGGUACAGAUUGAGUUAAACUAAGAGCAAAGCCAAACCAAAUUUUAUGGAAAUUGCCAUCUGUGUUACAUUUGAGCUGCAAUUUAACAAAUGAAGCACAGCUUUCAGUGAUCCUGUUUGUGUGCCUAAUGUCAAAGAUUCCUGCAAAAUUUAAUGGAAAACAAAAAGUAGUACCCUAUUUAGGUUUGAGUACAAGUAAUGUGCAAAAAAGGCAGUAAAGAACUUGACGAAUGUCAAAAAAUAUAGAUUGGUGCUGUAGUAGAAUAACUGUGGGCCUAAAAGUAAAUGUGGGGGUGGGAUUGUGUAACAUUGACAGCCAAAGUAACAAAACUUUGAUAUGCAAACGGCUUUCUAUGAUGCAUAGAAAAGUUGUACAUAAAGGAAGACUUAAAUGAGGACUCUCAAAAAUGCACUGUAAUAGCAGAAGUAGUGGGCUACUUACACAUUACACCUACCUAUACCAAAAAGCUCCUGGUGCACAUGAUUGUGCUGCUGUUAAUGCCAGAGGAGGUUUGGAUCUCAGUCAGCAGAGUGAUGGUGACUAUUACUGUGCCUCAGCAUUUGGAGAACCCACAUUGCUGUAUUAGGGUAUGUGGUCUGACAUAAAACCACUUACAGCUGAUUGUGGAAUAUGUAGGAGGAAAGAAAUUUCACAAACAGACUUGUUAUAUCUGUGGCAUCCCAUUAAAGUACCACACUCAUUAUUUUUCAAAUGCUUGUAUGGGCAGACUGAAUAACUGGAUGGUUGAUUUUAAAUACCUGUGGCAAAACGCCUUACUUCAAAGAUUAAGACGUGUGGCCCAAUACUUUUGUCCAUAUAGUGUCUGUCAGAUUUCUGUGGUUUGGCAAAAAAGAAAAAUCGCAACAUCUUCAAACUUUUCUGCACUAAAGUGUUUAUUCAGCUUUAUUUGUUUAUCCGUUGGUCAGAUGUUGAGCUUGUAAAACUUAAAGUGAACUUCAACCUAAAGAGAAGUUUCAUUUCAUUACGCCGACAAAAGUUCAAGUUUAUGUGUUCUGUGUUUGAAUUGUUUUACUUUCUCACCUCAAUAACAGCUGUCACAUAAUGUCUAAAGAUCAGAUUUCUUUCUGUGCAUUUACAUUUUAUAGCCACAUUAUUAGAUACAUUUAUGAGAUCCAAUUCAUUUGAAUCUAUCAGCUUUAUGAAAGCUAUGGUCCUUUUUUAAAAACAUUUUUAAGCUUUUCUUAAUGUUUCUUAAUGUUUGUGUUGUAUAGUUGUUUGCUGGGCUGCAUUACUUUUAGGUAUUCCUAAAAAUUUAGACCAUAACAUUCACUUAAACAGUAUUGGAUUCCAUUAGACUGUACCUAAUAAUGUGGUAGGUCAGUGUACAAGGGCCUUUUAGUACUAAAUGUACAGGCUGGUUAAAUGGAAAAAGUAUGUUAAUAAAACCUUUUGA